AAAACUUAACUUUUUGUCAAUUCGAUAUUGACUAAUUUUUCCCUGAAAUGAGAACAGCCACGUUAUGAUGUUAAGUAAUGACGCUGUAAUGUAAUACAUCUCUGGAAUCCUAGUUAUUAAAUUUUUUGGUUUCUGAUAAGAUAACACAUGCAUAUUUAUUAAAAAAAUACGUAUGUAUGUAUGUAUGUAUUUGAGUGCACGAGAAGUGCUAUGAAUUAGAACUGAAAAUCAAACCGCGUGUCACACCCAUUCAGAUUCUUAAAUUGUUCUUUGUUUAUUUGAAUUUUAAACAGUUUUCGAUUUUGGUAUUGAAAUAUACUGGGAAAGAAUGACGCUAAGAUUUGCAGCAAACCUUAAUUUUCUUUUCGGUGAAUCAUCAACUUCAAUCGCAGAACGGAUUAGAAAGGCACACAUUUAUGGGUUUAAAGCAGUUGAGAUUCCAUAUCCUGAACAUGAAGUUGACGAUGUGGUGAAGGCUACUAACGAGACCGGAAUAUGUGUUUCCUUAAUAAAUAUUGCUUUGGAUAAAACCCGCGAUGAUCUAAAGUUUGGUUCCGCAAGUAUACCUGGAGAAGAAAUCCUAUUUAAAAAACAAUUGGAUAAAACAAUUGAAUUUGCAACAUUGGUCAAUUGUAAAAAAAUUCACUUGAUGGCCGGAAUUGUAGUUAACGGAUUAAACACUGAACAGUUGAAAGUCUACAUAUCAAAUCUUAAAAUUGCUUCGGAAAUCUUAAAUAAGUCCAAUAUGAUUGGUCUUAUUGAACCUAUCAAUAAAUAUGCUAUAUCAACGUAUUUCCUCAAUUCAUAUGAGAAAGCGUAUUUGGCCAUUAAAGAAAUAAGCAACGACAACAUUAAACUAAUGGUUGAUUUCUAUCAUCUUCAACACAUAAGGGGAAAUGUUACCAAGGCUUUGGAGGAAUAUCAAGCGGAAAUUGGGCAUUUCCAAAUUGCUCAAGUACCAAACCGCAAUGAGCCGGAUACACAAGGAGAACUAAAUUAUCGCUAUAUAUUUGAAAAGAUUUUGGAGUUAGAUUAUGAUGGUUGGAUCGGAUGUGAAUAUACACCAAAAGCCACUACAGUAGAAGGACUCAAUUGGAUUUCAAAAUAUGGCCUUACACUUUAAGCUAUAUGCACAUACAUACUCGUUUAAACAUAAUUUGUUAUUUUUUGUAUUUUUAGUUUUUGUUAUUUUAGAAAAAUUCUAGCAUUUUGGUGAAAUGGGAUACAUAUAAAACAAUUAAAAGCAAAACUUCAAAAACCCACAUUUGUAACAGCUAACUAAA